ACCACUGGUGAACCUAAAAUAAACAAUUCGCUUAUGUAAGAUUGUAAUUUAUGGUUGCGCCGGCGUUUGUCCAUCUUUCUAUCUUCUUCAAACAAACAAACAGACAAACAUUAAUACCAACAUUAAUUCUAAGCUGUUUCAUCUCGACAAUCUUGAAAGCCAUUUCCAAGCUUUCAGUUCCGUUCUUUUCGUCAAUAUGGCAACAGCUGCUCCCAAACAAUUGGGUAUCACUCCGCCUUUAUCUACCGCGCUUCCGACAGAUGCUGAGAAGCAAGCAACUGAUGCGCUCAUCGAAGAAUUAACAAGAGAGAAUAAUUUCGAAAGCCGUGCUGAUACUGAUAAAAGGUAUGCGAUUGCGAGUAUCACUUCUACAUCCGCAGAUUCCACAGAUACAAUAUAUCCUGCGAUGGAUAUUCGUAACUGCUUUAUUUCUUCCCGUUUCAUUACUGAUAUCUUUGUUCGCACAGAACCGCGGUCCUUGCGUCCUUACAAAACAUCACCGAAGAAUUUGUAAAGCGAGUUUGCAGAAAGCAAAACCUACCAGAGAAUUACAUCAAUAAUGCUGGCGGUAGAAUAUUUACAUAUGGCAGUUUCCGACUUGGUGUUUAUGGACCUGGUUCUGAUAUAGAUACUUUGGUUGUCGUUCCCAAGAAUGUUUCCCGCGAAGAAUAUUUCGAAAUGUUCCCAGAUCUCUUGGUGGAGAUGGCCCCAAAAGGAGCCAUUGAAGAUCUCACACCUGUUCCGGAAGCCUUCGUUCCGAUUAUUAAGUUUGAAUACUCUGGCAUUAGCAUCGAUUUGAUCUUCGCAAGAAUUGAUACACUUACACAGGUUCCAAGGACUCUAACCCUGAAGGACGACAACUUAUUGACCGGUUUGGAUGAUGCUGGCCUCCGCUCCGUUAAUGGAACUCGAGUCACUGAUGAUAUUAUGGAUCUGGUUCCAGAAAAAGCGGUAUUUAGAAAUGCUUUGAGGGGAGUUAAGCUUUGGGCGCAGAGACGGGCUAUUUAUGCUAACAUUAUGGGUUUUCCUGGAGGAGUUGCUUGGGCCAUGCUGGUGGCUAGAGUAUGUCAGUUAUAUCCACAAGCAACCGCAUCCACAAUCAUUCUCAAGUUCUUCCGCAUUAUGGAGAAGUGGCAGUGGCCGCAACCAGUCUUACUGCAGCAGAUAAAAAAUGGCAAACUCAACGUUCGCGUCUGGAAUCCAAGAGUAAGUUUUGCCUCUGGAUUGUGUUCAUCAUUUAACUAACUUUGAUAGGUAUAUAAAGCUGACAGCUUCCACCUCAUGCCAAUCAUCACUCCUUCAUACCCCUCGAUGUGCGCAACUCAUAAUAUAACAAAAUCGACCAAAGAAAUCAUCUGUCGGGAACUUGCUCGGGGAGGAAAUAUCGUGGAUAGAAUUAUGAUGGGCAAGGCACCUUGGAAAGACUUAUUCCAGAAGCACACAUUUUUCACCAAAAACUACAAAUAUUACCUUUCCGUCAUUUCCGCUAGUACUACAAAGGAGGCUCAACUUAUAUGGGCAGGUUUGGUCGAGUCGAAAGUUAGACUCUUGGUUACUAAUCUAGAAGGUCAUGAAUCAAUUGCGUUAGCACAUCCUUUCAACAAGGGCUUCGAACGAGUUCACAAAUGCAGUUCAGAAGAUGAAAUCGAAUCGGUAAAGGAGGGUGGACAUCAAUACCAAAUCUAUGAAAUUCCAACAGUGACUACCGACCCAUCCCAUGAUCCCAAUCUAGGAAUUGCGGUCAAGAAUCAGAAUGGAGAUGUACCACAGGCCGAAUCUGAGAAGAAGGAAACGAUGGUUUACACAACAACAUUUUACAUCGGCCUCGAGCUCCGCGAAGGUAAGUGCGGCACUAUCAUCCUCAUUGUUAUGUGCAAACUUACUGCUAUAUGGUUAUGGCCUUCAGAUAUGCAUUCUAAUUACAAGCCUCUAUGAUAUCCUCCCAGGUCCAGCUACUAACUAUAUUAGGAGCUAAAUCACUCGAUCUUGCAUGGUGUGUUGAUGAUUUCAAGGAAAGAUGUAGAUCCUGGGAGAAAUACAAUGAAGAACUAAAUACUCUAUCUGUCAUUCACACUCGAAAGUAUGUGCCCCAUUUCACGAUUGUCAUGGUGAGAAUGGCUGACUUAUAAUUUCUAGCUGUGACCUUCCGGAUGAUGUCUUCACCGAAGGCGAGGUCAAGCCAACUCGUUCUCAAAAGAAGAAGAAGCGCUCUGCAACUGAUGUAUGUGAAAGCCAAUCCCUGGUCCGGGAUCUGGCCCAAAGUUAAAGGCGGAGACUCUCGUUUUUGAUCAGGCUAUCCUAGAUAAAUAAGUUCCAAGCAUCACUAACCUUCCCCCAGGACGCUAAACAAGCACCCGCAAAGAGACAGCAAGCAGUUGCUGCCGGAUAAUGAUUCAGUGCGAAACCACCAUACUCUCUUUCUCUACUAUCAUUGAUGGGAUCUAAUGACAGGCUUGCUCCACACCAGCUCUCGCUCAUUGCGGCCACCAUACUUAAAACAACAGUUUAAAAAAAAUCGGAAAAUCGACCUAAUUAAUCAGCCACUAACCUCCGGGCAGUUUACGUCGACACGUUCAUUCAUAUCGUUAAGUAAAUCCUGAGUAUUACCUACUUCCUUGGUCUUCCUUCGGGGUAAACCCGUAAUAAUGAAAUUUACAUUCAGGCCUGGGUACAAUCGUUGAGGCAAACCUAAAGAGUAGACCCUCUCGAAAUAAAUAUAGCACUGGCGUUCCAGUGGCUAUUUCUUCAUUCUUCUUCUAGGGUUGACGGAUAAAGGGGGGUUCCUAUUAUGCGAAAAUGUCAUCAAGCAUUGCUUGAAAGGUCCAGCGAAAAGAGGGCCAUCUCAAUGGCAUUCUACAUAUCUAUGUAUUUUAGCAAACCAAUACAAUUUAUAUUUAGAGACUACGAGUCUCAAAUAAGGACGAUCCUA